CUUUAUUUUAGAGAACACUUGGAAUAUCUUCAUCAUGAGAAUCGAAAUAAAUCAAGAAAAUGGAUCCAAGAUUACCACCAUCGGACUUUUCAUCAAUGGUUUCGUGAUAGGAUUCAAUCUGAAUUGAGUAAGGAGUUUCACAAAGUAUCUGAAAACUUAAGAUGGAUUUCAUUAGGUCCAACUACAAUGGCAAUUAAGCAUGAUGGAUUUGUCAUCAAUGGUUAUAGAUUUAGUACAAAAGCUCGUGAUGAUGUUAGAGUGACACAAAAUAGCGGUGUAUGUAUUGUUGCAAAAACUCUUCAAUUUGCUUCAGCUCGUGAUAAGAAACCAUUUUAUGGAGAUAUGAAAUUUUAUGGAGUCAUUGAAGAAAUAUGGGAGCUUGAUUAUCGUGAUUUUAGGAUGGCAAUGUUCAAAUGCAAUUGGGUAGAAGACAAAUAUAUCAUAUCAGAUGAGUUAGGAUGUACUUUAGUGGAUCUCAAUAAAAUAGGACAUAAAGAAGAAUCAUUUAUAUUAGCAAGUCAAGCAAAACAAGUGUUCUAUAUUCAAGAUCCAUCAGAUUCAAGAUGGUCAUUUGUACUUGCAUCACAACCAAAAUUCAUAGGUGGUGAUGAUGAUGGUGAUUAUGAGAUUGGCGAACUUCAAACUUUUGAGAAAGAAAUUGGAGAUAUCAAUGAAUUUGAGGGAAUCGAAUCAAUAGUUGGACCAUAUGUUCGACGCGAUUGUGAUGGAAUUUGGAUUGAUCAUGGACAAUCCUGAAGAGCAUCCCAAAGAGGAACUUGAAGACAAUGCAGACGAAGGCAUUGAUGUAGAAGAGGCUGGUACUGAAGAUCCAACGACAAAGAAGAAGAUAAGUAGGAAAACUAAGGGGAUAGUGCGAUUGGCAAAAAUAAUUGCUGACAAAAUCAAAGGGAUAAAGAUAAAUUUAAGGUUUAACAAGAGAGGGCAAUCAAUUGGAACUCCGGAGAGAGCGUUACAAUGCUAUUUGGGGAUGCAAGCAAAGUCAAUGGUGUCGAUUACAUAUGAUAAUUGGCAUGAUGUUCUUGCUGCAACUUUAGAGAAUGUUUGGAAAGAUGUAAAUGUAAGAAUGAAGGUAAUCUUUUAAUGAACUUGUACAUUAUUUAUAUUAACUUGUAUUGUUUAACUUCGUAGCUAGCUUUUCAUCUUAACGAGGGAAUGAGAAAGGAAGUGAUGAGUUCAGUAGGCAUCAAGUGGAGGGCAUUCAAAACGUUUUUGACUAGAAGAUUUGUAGCACCUUUCAUUACCAACCCACAUUUAUUGGAAGAUUAUCCCACUGCAUUAGAUGUGCCUCCAAAAAGAUAUAGCAUUCCUGAGGAAGAAUGGAAAAUCUUCGUCACCAAAAGAAAAAGUAAAGAAUUUCAAGAAUUUAGUAAAAAACAAAAAGAGAGGCGUGCUGCUUUGGAGUAUCCUCAUCGUUCAUCACG